AUGGCUACCGAUCAUGGCAGGCCGAUUGUCCCGCCAAGGGUUCUCAAAACUGACUAUCCCGUUAUUGAUACGGAUCCUCAUGUAAAACGAGUCUUCGGAUAUGCCCGGCCAUCCGAUUAUGUCAUUGGUGCUGGCGUCGGGUCAAUGUCCCCAGCUCUAUUUUGGCUGAUGGAACGAAUGCACCCGGCCAAUGCCAGCCCAGGAACCUUUGGCAAAGCUAUGCGAUUGGCAACGGCAAUUGGCUUCUUCGGUGGCUUGUUCACUGUAUACAACACAUCAUGUAAACGCUUCUACGGCUUUACGGAAAAUUCGCGAGAGGUCGAGAUGGAUAUGCGUGAGAUGGUUGACAAGGUUAAGAAAGGAGAGCCGUUGUACGGAGUCUCGUCGCUCUCACCUUAUAUGCAAGGAGUCGCAGCUCGGAAUUCGCGAUAUUCCUCUCUAUUCAUCCAUGUCCUUCCUUGGUUCAAUUUUGUGAAUCAUGAUCAGCAUGGCGUGGAUACUGCGAAGUACUAUCAACAAGCUGAGCGAGAACUAGAAGCAGAACGCCAAAAGACGGCAUCCACAUCGUAA